AUGGCUUCACUCUUUUGCUCCAAGCCGCAGCCUUCUCAGUUGAGGGUCGUAUCCCACGGCGGUCUGGGUGGGCUGGUAUGCCCUGGAGAAAAUGACAGGUAUCGAGCAGUGGUAUUGGACGAUUGGAUGCAAACGGAGGGCAAACGACGAAGACAACGGCCGCCUCCAAUCCAAGUCCAAACAGCGACGACAACGACAACGGCAGCGGCAACUUCAUUCACAAGCCCCUCUACUUCACAGCUCUCCGUCACCUCGGAGAUGGACUACCGUGGUGCAAGGCCAUGGACACCCAUCACCCCGACCGACAGAAUUCGAUCACAAUUGCUGCUCGAAAGCGAUGCAAACGCAUCUCCAUCCGCGACGACAACUAGUUGUUCGUUAAUAUCACGGUGCAAUUGCCAUCCUACCACACCGUCGAACACUUGCUUUUCACCUCCACAAACACCAAUUGAUCCCAGAGCGGCAGCAGCUCUCAAUCAUUCACUUCCCGCAGAGCUGCCUGGUUCCCUUCUGCUGGCUAGCCAAGGUUUCCCCCAAACAGAUCCUAUUUCACCUCCCCCAUCACUUCACCGUCGAGACACCAAGGAUUCCAAUAGCAGCUCCUUGCUUGCUCCCCCUCUCUCUUCUGCCUCAUAUGAAGCCGACAUGGACACCAUACGACACCUGACAUAUCCUCCGAGGAAGAACGACCGCAACGGUGACCCAGGAGAAAUGCCUUCUUAUGUAAUUGGAAGCCAGCGGGCUCAUGAUCAGACCCGGAUAACCAAGCCAUUGACUGCCAUGACCCUCGAAGAACUCAUGAUGUGCUUCUCGCACUUGGACAACUCCACUGUUGCUGAGUUGUGGUUGCCUGCCAUGCGUGCCCAGCUGCAGCAGGUGACUUCCCUCCUUCAGGAAGCUUGCGAAUUCAAGCUUGACACCGUCCUCGAGGAACAGACUACAAAUUAUGAUUUGGCUUCCCUCGCUAAGGAUGUCCGCAUCAUCACAUCAACCUACCGUAACACCAUUCAAUCAGCAGAGUCACUCAUGGAACGAGACAAUGCUGCGAAAUCCCACCGUCUCAACGACCUAGAGGUGCAACUCAGCGAAGCCGCUGACAAGAUGGAGGCCAAAGACGACGAAAUUGCCGAUCAAAAUCGGAAAAUCAGACAACUCCGACAGACCAUCCUUGAUAUUGUUCGUACCCUCGGCGCGUUCCUCCAGGCCAAUAUCCCCGGCUGGGCCAAACUGGCUCAGAACCCUGAAACUGAAGAGGUCUUUCGCGUCUUCUCCGAUUACACUCGCACUGGCGACAGCGGCACACUUCGGUUUGUGCGCAUCCCCGAAAUUACCGUCGACAAGUACGCUGCGGAUCUCAAAGACGCCAAAGCUCUGGUGUCCGAGUAUCGCAAGCUCCUACAAUCCCAGAGCGACACAAUCCAACAACAAUCUUCUGACCUCGACGCAGGCGUGGAAAAGUUCGCCAGUGUUGUUCAGCGCAUGAAGGAACGUGACCAUGAAAUCCUCCUAGUGGUCCAAAACAAUGAAGAUCUAGUCAAGCGUCUCCAAGAGUGCGAUGCAGCCCUCUCCCAAGCUCAGAAAGAGAAGAUGGAGUCGGCCCAACAGUAUCAAGAGCUCAAAGGGAAAAUGAAGAGCUCCGAGUUAGCACAUACAUUGGAGCUUGACCAACGCGAUGGACAACUUGCCGACUUGCGCCAGAAAUUGGGCAGUGCUCGUGAAGAAGUCUUUGCACGGCGAGCAGAUGUUAGGAAUAUCCUCUUCCAGAACCAAACUCAGACUCAGACUCAAUUCCCUGCGACUAAUUCCGGUACUCCUUCGUCAGUCAAGAACAGCAGCAGCACUUCCAAAGCAUUAAGAUUCUUGGGCAUGGGACAAGACAGAGACAGAUUCAGAAAACAUGGACUACCUGGAAGUCGCAGUAUGAUUGGCCUCUCCCCUACGAGUCUUACCUUUCCUACGUCAGUAUCAGACUCAAGGUACUCCUCGAAAGAGGUAGCACCACUCGUCCAAAAACCCUCCUUACAGCCACUCUCUGCAUAUGAGAACUACGGUCGUGUACAACAGGCUAGAGAAAUCUCCGUUAAUGGCCCCGGCGAUCUCAUUCUCCCAGACCCACUUUCUUUACGACCAAGAGACGCCUCCCUUGGAGCCACCGAGCGCCACCGUGUUCUCCCGUCUUCGAUUGACAAUGAAAAGAGUCUUCCAGCUCCUCCUCGGCUCAAUCUUCCCACCUCGAAUUACUUUGACCGACUUGCCGCCGCCCAAGACUCUGAGGCAGUAUACAGUCCAAUGGCUGAGGAAAUCGCCUCGAACUAUGAAAAUGGUAUCUAUGGCCAGACAGGUCCUCGUCGAGUCCUCAGCAAGAUUCCUGAGGGGUCUCUUCAAGGAUCAUCUGAAGCAGGUGAUGGCCAUGUCGGAGAUGAAGCACGCCAUUAUGACUACUGUGAUGAUGAUGUCGACAGUGUGGCGAGUAGUGAUCGUGAAGUCUACCGCAAGAGCAUCCAUGUCUUGGAUCUCCUGAAUUCUUCCAAUUUACUACACAGCGACACAGAGACUGAUCUUCAUCGUCAAGAGAGAGACAUAGGCCAAGGAGGCGGGGUCAACCGUGAUGAAGAAGACAGUCGUCAACGUGAAGAUCUGGAGAACGGCAUCGCCCGUCUUCUGCAACUUCGUCCUCAGGCCAGGAAUGGCAAUCUGCGCUCUGCAUUGCGACCUAUCGAUGGUGAGAUCAACCUCGACCAGCGAGCGCAGACCAUCCCCACAGCGAAAGCCGGGGCCAGAGAAAGUGUCCUUUCUGACGGUGACGGAUACCGUUCCUCAGAUUCCGACGUUGAGCCAAAAACUGUGGCGCAGCUGUACCACCAGCAGCCGAGACAUAUUCGCACUUGA